AUGGGCCGAAGAAAAAUUGGCAUGGAACUUAUUAAAAACGAAAGAUCUCGAAAUUCGACGUAUCAAAAGAGAAAAAAAGGUUUGGAGAAAAAAGCCGAUGAAUUAUCAACAUUAUGUCAAGUCAAACUAUGCAUGAUUAUAUAUGGUCCAAAAGAUAGGGAACCGACAAUCUGGCCCGAAAAAGACACAGUUCAGAGCUUAAUCGACUCGUACAAAGCUCGAUCGGACGAUGAUCAGAGACUGAGAACUCAUGAUUUAUCUUUUUACUUCAGAGACUUAACAAGAAAAGUCGAGAUCGAGUCUUCAAAAUUAUGCAAAAAGAAUUUUGAGGCUAAAUAUCCAACUUGGGAUCAACUCUAUGAUAAUUUAUCUUCUGAUCAACUCAAACAACUUUCUGCUUUAUUGGGGGCAAAAAUCGAGUUUAUGAAGCAAAGGUUGGAAUUCUUGAAAGGAACGCAGACAAUAUCAUUAGAGGACAUGCAUGCAAUGAGUUUUCUUGGAAAGCAAGUAACUCAACCAAAUACCCAAUGUGUAAUGCAAUGUUUGGCUAGAAAAAGCAGUUUACAAUUGGAAAUUAUUGAGCAGCAGCAGAAACAAUUUGUGCCACCGAUAAAUUUCCCGGAGACAGAAAUUAUGCAAUUUGGGCAGCAUCAGAUGAUACGACGAGAUAAUCAUCAAAGUUCAGGAAUCUCAACUGGAAUACCUCACUGCACCGCUACUGGUUAUGAGCCACAUUUAGCGAUGUUAAAUGCGAGUGGAAAUAUUAUCGAAAAUCAACAGGUGCAGGUGUGUCACAGGGAUUUGGCUCGAGAUAAUAAUAUGAUGUUAAGUAAUGUUGAUCAACAACCUCAACCAUUGUGUUAUUUUGUACCAAUGGUGACACCUAAUAACUACUUUCAUCAGUAUCAUCCUAUGUUGCCAAAUGCUGCAGCUUCUUAUCAAAUGCAUGCUUCUCAGAGGGAAGAGUAUUAUGAAAUGGGAGAUUUUCAGCUACCAAAUAUGAAAUAA